AUGGCUAGCUUUGUAGGUUAUGAGAGCUGCCUCAAAGCUCCCUUGGCUCUGGUGGCCUUGGCUCCCCACUCAGUUCAGAAGAGCUCUGGCUAUCCACCUAACCCUCCUAGUUCACCUCCUUCAGUUGCUGUGAUUGACUCAGGGUCAGUGACGUCUCUAUCAGCUCCAGUUGCUUCCUCAGAACCAAAGCCCUCUCCUCUUCAAGCUCCCUCUCAAGUAGUCCCUAAUCCAAAAGAUACCCCCAGCCCUCCAGGUAUAGUCAGUUCUGUUUCUUCCCGUCUUGUAACUCCUUUGGUCUCUCUUCAGUCUGGACUAGCUUCAUGUCCUCAGACACCACCUGCCACUCCCUUAGCCAUCCCUUCCCCUCAGGUCAAAGGCAUCCCUAUUUCCUCAGCUCUGACUUCUCCACAAAACCCUGCAAGCCUCAGCCUAAAGGGACCCCUUAGUCCACCUGCUGCUUUAUCUCUUUCAACUCAGUCUAUUCCUGUGGCUCCUCAUACCCCCCCAGUUUUCCUCACUUCUCUUGGUUCUCCUGUUCAACCUUCAGGUUCUAAUAUUCUGUCAGAUCCCAUAGAGGAUACUGUUUCUGUAGAUCGUUCUUCCACGGGUACCUCUUACCCUUCUCAGAGAUCUCUAAUUCCUCCCCUUCUUUACAAAAAUGACGUGGUUCCUACUGCUGAGGCUGCUUUUCCAGUGGGAGCUCCAACUUCCCCUCUGGCUCUGUCUGCUGACAAAGGCCUCUCUGCUAUCACUGACAUAGCUUCUUCCAAUGUAGCUACCUCUUCUCUGUUGUUUCCUACAGCCUCUCUGAUUCUCAAAGACUCUCCUAGUGCUGCUCAUCAACCUUUGGUGGCCCAGAUUCUUGGUUCUUCUCCAGGGAGGCCAGGCUUGAAAGAAGCUCCUGUUUCUUCUGUUGGAAGCACCCCACUUGGGAUGGCUAACUCCUCUACAGUUUCUGCAGCAUCUGUUACCUUGGAGGUAGCUACUUGUGUCUCUCUUCCAGUUUCAUCAGGUCCCAUGAGCAGUAAUGACUCAGUUUCCCAAACUGCCUUGGUUAUGGCACCUGUGGCUCCCAAAGAGCUUCCUACUCCUGAGGUAACCACCACUCUGGGGAUACCAGUCUCUCAACCUCUGCCAGCCCCCGAGAACCCCAAAAGUCUCCCUGUUUCACCAGCCCUGGCAGCCCCUAAAACUCUCCCUUCUCUCCAAAGUACAUCAUCUUCUCUGGAGAUAGCUCUUUCUCCUGAAGCCACCUUAGCAAAGAAAAGCUUCCUAGAGCCUCUCCCUCUGGUUAAGCCAGCCAGUACUACUACUUCUUCUCUGGGGGUCAACUCCCCAACCUCUAUAAUCAAGACAGAUUCUUAUGCAAGCCCAGAUCCAACUAGUCUGCUGCUCAAAAGUUCUCUCACUACCCCAAUUGUAACUGCAUUUCCUUUGGAAAGCACUGCCAUUGAUGGAAUGGCUCCUACAACUGCCAAAGGUACCUCCACUCCUAUACCUGUAGCCAGUCCUUUUCUAGAAGGAGCUGUCUCUUUAGAUUCUAAAAGCCACCCUGCCAAGAAGAGUACUUCCACUCUUACUACUUUACCUUUGGUCCCUCCAACCUCUGAAAGUUGCCCUCUGGCUCCAGCUGUGACUUUAUCUCCCCAGAAUGUGUCUACUUCUCCAGCUACUGUGGCACAGGUCCCUGAAAUUCCCAAGUCUGAGUCUUUUCCCCCUCUUCCUCCAGCUGGUACUCCUCAAGGUGCAAAGAAAGUUCAUGGUAUUUCUCAAACUUCAGCAUUGGCACCUGUGGCUUCCUCUCCUGAAGGGUACCCAACUGAGGAUUCUGGUGCUUCUGUUACUGCAUCUUCCAAAGGAACUUAUCUAACUGACUCCCCAUCUCCUUUAGGGACUAGUGUGUCUCCUCAAACCAAAAUAACUCCAACCAAGAAGGGUUCAGCUACUACUACCUUAAGUCUUGCUCCUUCUGUUUCUAAAAGUGUACCUGCUAUCCCUGAUACUCCUGCUGGAAAUCUGUCAUUCACUAUUUCUCCAGUUGAACCUUCCUCUCUUCCAGAGGCCAAUCUUUCUUUUCAUGUCCGUAAAGGAUCACUAGCCAAGAAGCAUUCCCCUACUCCCCCAUCCCCCAAAGAGGCUCCCAUUCCCCUACCUAUGUCUUCUCCUUCCCCCAAAGCGGGGCCAGCAACCCCAUCCCCUAAAGAAACCCUAACUCCUCCAGCUGUGACUCCUUCCUCCCCCAAAGGAGCCCCAGCAACCCCAUCUCCCAGAGAGUCCCCAGCUACCCCAUCUCCCAAAGAGGCCCCCACUCCCUCAGUUGUGGCUCCUCCUUCCCCCAAAGGGGGACCAGCAACCUCAUUACCUAAAGAGACCCCCACUCCUCCAGCUGUGACUCCUUCCUCCCCCAAAGGAGUCCCAACUACCCCACCUCCCAAAGGAGCCCUUACUUCCCCCAAAGGGGGCCCAGCAACCCCAUCUCCCAAAGAGCCCCUCACUCCGUCAGCUGCAGCUCCUCCCUCUCCCAAAGGGGGCCCCACAACCACAUCUCCCGAAAGAGCCCCAGCUACCCCACCUCCAAAGGGGGGCUCCACUCCCCCAGCUGUGGCUCCUCCCUCCCCUAAAGGAGGCCCAGCAACUUCAUCUCCCAAAGAGGCUCCUGUUCCCUCAGCUCUGACUCCUUCCUCCCUCAAAGGGACUCCAGCCCCCAUAAGAGCUCCGGCUAUCCCACCUCCCAGAGAGGAUUCCACUCCCCCAGCUGUGGUUCCUCCCUCCCCCAAAGGAGGCGCAGCAACUCCAUCUCCCAAAAGAGCCUCAGCCACCCCACCUCCCAAAAGAGAUUCCACUCCCCCAGCUAUGGUUCCUCACACCCCCAAAGAGGCCCCAGCAACUCCACUCAGAGGAGCCUCUACUCCCUCAACUGCGGCUCCUCCCUCUCCAAAAAAGGCCCCAGCAACUCCAUCACUCAAAGGAAUCCCCACUCCCUCAGCUGUGGCUCCUCCCUCCCCCAAAGGGGGCCCAGCAACUCCAUCUCCCAAAAGAGCCCCAGCUACUUCACCUCUCAAGGGAGACCCUACUCCCCCAUCUGUGGCUCCUCCCUCCCCCAAAAGAGCCUCAGCAACUCUGGUCCCCAAAGAGUCUCCAACCCCAGACCCCAAAGAAGUCCCCACUUCCCCAGCCAUGGCUCCUUCCUCCCCCAAAGGGGGCCCAGCAACUCCAUCUCCCAGAAGAGCCCCACCUGCCCCACCUCUCAGAGGAGACCCUACUCCGCCAUCUGUGACUCCUCCCUCCCCAAAAAGAGCCUCAGCAACUCCAGCCCUCAAAGAGGUCCCUAGUCCCUCAGCUGUAACUCCUUCCUCCCCGCAAAAGUCUCUAGCCCUGAAAGGGGGGCCAGCAACCUCAUCCGCCAAAGGGGCUCCCACUCCCCCAGCUGUGAUUCCUCCCUCCCCCAAAGAGGCCUGUACUUCCCCAGUUUCAGUCACAUGUCCCUUGGGGUCCACUGCACCUCAGGCAUCUAAAGGGCCCCCAAUAAAGAAAGGCCCCACAGCUCUCAAAGCAGUGCUUGAUGCUCCAUCUCUAGAAAGUGCACCAGUCAUCACAGCUCCCACUCAGAAGAGUUCUGUUUCACCUCCUGUGUGCCCAGAUCCCUCAGCUCAGAAUGGUACUAAAGGAUCCCUUCCUACAGUGGCUCCAGCUCCUCUACUGACAGUCUGCACUCAGAAAGGUUCUUCUCCAAAGGCUCCAAAAGCCCUCCCUAUUUCUCUCUUAAAGGGCAAAGACUCUUUCCAUUCCCCAAAGGGCCCCUUGGCUCCUCCUGAGUCUGAGACGUCUACCCCUUCAGCAGCAGCUGCCCCAGAGAAGGUCCUUCCUAAAGCUGGAUCUGCAUCUGUCUCUCCAGCACCUACCCCAUCAGUCUCUCUGCCUCUUGCUCCCUCCCCAGUUUCCCCUCUGCUCCCUAAACAGCAAUCUCUGCCGUCCUCACCUGGGCUGGUGCUGGAAUCACCCCGUAAGCCCUCAGCCCCUGCUGAUGAGGAUGAGCUGCCGCCUCUGAUUCCCCCGGAGCCAAUCCCGGGGGGAGUGCCUUUCCAGCCGGUCCUCGUCAACAUGCCCACCCCCAAACCUGCUGGGAUCCCUGCCCCAACCCCCUCUGCCAAGCAGCCUGUUCUGAAGAAUAAUAAGGGUAUUUGCCUUGGUUUGCCGUGUGCAUGGUGUGUUGCCCACAACCCUCCGGGGGCUACCCACCGAUACUAA